AUGUCAGCAUAACAGCAGCAGUAAUAGAAGUAAUAGUUUCCUUUCGUUAGUUCUUCAGUAAACUCAACCUAAUAGGACAGCUCUUCAGCUCAGGUACAUAAUCAAUCCAUCUAGUAGAUAAAUCAAUCAUUCUUGAAUCAGCAAAUGAAUUAAAUGUAGUUGAUAACCAAAAGACAAAUUACUUCUUCUUAAGGGAACAAUGAAAAAUAGCAUGCAAGCGAUUCAGCUUAGGCAUAAUAGAGGUUAAAAAGCGUUAAUCUUGCAGUUGAUAUUUAUAAAGGUUCCUUGCCUAAGCCCAAGUCGAAUGCCAAUUACUAAUCAAAUCAAGCUAAUAACAGCAUAGUGACAAACCAAAAUAUAGGUUAGAAAUUGAAUACUAGAAAGUAACUGGAAUCAAAUUCAAGAUCAUCAUAAGUUUAACAGAGAGAUUCCAUGUCAGCUUAAACUGCUAUGGUUGGAUCCGGAGUUUAAUCUGCAACCAAUUAAUAAUAGAGUGCAGCAUAAAGAUUAUUAAAGAAUUUUUCUAGAAAUAACAUAGAGAAAAGAUAAUCUAUAUCAUUUGACAAGCCUAAUCCUAGAGAUUUGCAAUUUUUAUAGAAGAACCCUUAUUUAGCUUCUGCCAAAGCUGCAGUUAAAAACUAGAAAACUUCUCAAUAGAAACUAAAAGAUAAAUCAUACUCAAUACUUACAAGCAAUGGUGUGAAUCAAAAUAGUAAUCCCCAGCAGGUGAAUUUAAAACUGAAACACCCUUAACAGAAUUAGCAAUAAUUUUCUUAAGGUUAUGAUAUGAAAUUGCAUAGAAAUAACUCGUUAAAGCAGUCUCCAAAAAGUAAUAAGAUGGCGGGAUAGAUUAAUGAUUUAAGUGUUAAUUAAGGAAUUUAAAAUGCCUUAUGCAGUGAUAAAAAGCUUCCAAAUCUCAAGCAUAAGAAGGAAAAAUCGCUUGAGAGAAAUAACAGUGUCUUCAAUCGUAGAGAUCUUAUUAAGCAGGAAUACAACAGGGUAAUAGAAACAAGAUUGCCAAAUAUAUUGAGUUUGAUGAGUAAUGGAAAACAGAACAUUGCUUCUGCUUCAGGAGCUGAUAUAUCUUUAUUUGAAAAUGAGAAUAUGGAUUACGAUGAUACUGAAUUACUUUCAAAGCUCUUCACUAAGGAUCAUAAUAAGUCGGGUCAUAUUAAUAUGAGUGAACUUUAAUAGACACUCUAGAAUAAAAAUGAUAAAAGUCGAUAUCAAAGAAAGUAAACAGUGACUGGAUCUCGUAAGAAGAACGAUAAUGAUAUAAGCAAAUCUAGUAGCUAGGAUAGAGCUUACGAUGACAAUAGAUUUGAGCAAUCUUAAAGAAAACUUUCUAUUGAAAAUAGGCCCAGUAAACUAUUGCAUAGUCUGAACAAUAAAAAAGUAGCGAUGGCAUCAAUAACUCCAGAUUAAGACUACAUAUGCGAGACUAUUAUCAAUGAGAAGAACCACGAUGAAGAUUUAGGAAAAUUAGACAAAUUACAAUUGAUCAAUGCUAGUGCAAGAUUUGAAUUACUAUCUGCAAACCAAUAGCUUCUAGAUUUUCACUUAAAUAGAAUUGUGAACAAAAAAUAUCAGAAUAAAAAAUCUUUUAAGGCAGUACAAGGUUAGAAAGGCAAGAUAAAUUAGGAAUAGAUGAUUGUAUGUGAAGAUUUUGAAAAUGAGAGUGAUCGAGAUUCAUAACUAGGUAAGAUAUAUGAUGUGCAAGAAUAGAGUAACCGACAAAGAAUUAAGCAAAUGGGGAAUCCUCACAAUAUAAUGCAAGAGUAAGAUUACUAUUGCCUAACUUAUUUUAGUCGAUUGAAUUCCAUGAACCCGCUAUCAUUUGGAGACACAAUUAGACUUCCUGUUUUAGCAGAGUAGUAAAAUUGA